AUGCGUGGAAAACUGUCGCCAAGAUCUUUUGUUCCAUAUGACAGUUCCAAACCGCCGAAGCCUGGGUAUUUUCGAGAAGGCAUUGUCAACUCCUUUCCUGAUGACGACGUGCGAGUACGGUUCCUGAAUAAACUCUAUCAGUGCCUGCGCGCGUUCAGCAUGCCCCACAAGGUGAGGAAAUUGGUAUUGGUUGGCCCCAAAGAUUCGGGCAAAACAUCUUGGUCCAACAUAUUCCAUCGUGUUAUUCCCGCCAGCUACAUUGCGUCGCUCACAAACGAGAGACAAUUUUCUGCGGCUAUGAUUAACAACGAAACUCAGCUGGUCCUCGUGGACGAGUGGUCGGCGAGCACGAUGCAAUCCGACCUUGCCAAAUGCAUCCUUCAAGGCGGAUGGAUGGUCUCUGCGGCAAAGCACGGCCUAUCAAAGACGGUAUUAAAUAAUAGCCCCUUCUACAUCACCACAAAUAAUCUAGCUCCCGAAUUUUGGUAAAGAAGAAGACGAUAACGUGAAGCGCAGAAUUGAGAUAUUCACAACAACGUCAUUGCCUCAAACUCUACCGGGAAUCGACAAGUGGAUUUAUGACCACGCGAUGGGUUGCAUUGCGUGGAUAGCGGAAGAAAUCAACGCAAACCGCGAGCACAUCGAUCGACAUGAGCUCUGGUACGAGCCCAAUCACUCUGGACCGUUGACGAUUGCUGCAAACGAGGGAAAGUCUGUUCAGUGA